AUGGCUCCAUCAAAGACCCUCGAGCUAUGCAACAAGGUCACUGCCCAGGGCAAUAGCAUCUCUAUACGCAUGCUGGAGUACCUCUCCUCGGCCAAGAACCCAGUCCAUGGCAUUCAAAUCCUUGCGAACGAGUUUCUCGACCUGAGCCGCCUCAUCUGGUCGAUUGAAGCUGGCUUGACAGAAUCAUCCCACAAGCGUAAUGCAAUCCCCGCUGAGGUUACCCAAGAACUCGACAAACAGUUCCGCAGAAUCAACGAUGAGUUCAUCGUAGUCAACCAAAUGAUGCUCAAGUUCCUGGACAACGAGAGCAAGAAGGGCGGCUUUGGGAGAGCAUUCCGCAUGAUGUUCGCUGACACCGACGUCGACAAGAUUCGGAACACGCUGAUGAAGAGUCGUGAUCAGUUGAAGAUGAGCUCCGCCAUGUUUCGAUGGUCGCUUGGAGAUGCUAAAGCCGAUUCACAAAUGGGAAUUGGGUAUACUGGGCUGAUCGCAGCUCUCGAGCGCUUGAACCCAGGCAAGAGUAACGUUCUUCUGCCUAUGCAACCACCGCCUACCUCAUCACCGCCCGAUGUACCUUCAAAGCAACCCUCCAUGCAGGCUGUUUCGAUAGACCACAGAUCACCGGACCAUUCGUCUAUGCAACGAGCACCGCUCGGGGGAUUAGACAGUGUCCCGUCUAAUUUUGACCAACAACAACAGCAACAACGCCCUCACACGCCGCUCCGAGACCGACCAUCGAACCACGACUUCCGCAGGGAUGAGAAGAGAGAAGACUCCGGCAUUUCGCCCGGCAUCGUUGAUCUCCACAAUCACUGGCGUGCUCCUAGCGUACGAUCGAGCAGCACGACCCGUUCCGUUCGUGAUACAAUGUAUCAGCACAAUGGCCAGUACCAUGGGCAACCAGGCUAUGGGCAACAUUCAUCAGACGAUUCCGCUAGAUCACGCGCUUAUAUCGAUGAGGAUCUACACAACCUCUCGAUUCAAGAGCGUUACUCAGUUGACCAAGCGCACUCGAGGCAACUAGACGGCCCAUUGGGAUCGCAGUGGGCCCCCCGGCAACAAGCGGGCUCUAUGCAGUCAGGUGGCAAGGGCGCUCUCGCUGACGCUGUGUACCAAAAGAGGCACCGAGUCCUCGAACAAAUGCUUGACGGUGGCGCCAGAGCAGACCCACGGCUAGAAGCCACUAUGCUACGGACAGCAGUGCAGAACCGUGACGUUGACAGCCUCGCUUUACUUUUGAGGUAUGGCGCAAAUGCCGACGGACCGGACAAGGACGAUGUGACGCCCCUUCUUGCGGCAGUCGAGCUCUCAUUCUUCGAAGGAGCGAAGCUACUCUUGAAAGCCGGUGCCGACCCAAAUCUUUCAGCAGGUCCUAAUUCCGAGUCACCGUUCUGCUUGGCUGCUUGCGACAACCGCAAUGACCUAGUCCAGCUUAUGCUUACGCACGGCGGAGACGCAGGGUUCAUCAUGGAGAGCGGCAGCACGACGCUUGUUCAGUGCAUGAACAAGACAGUGUCGCCAAGGCUGGUCGAGCUGUUAUUGAAAAACGGUGCCGAUGCCAACGCAAAGAAUGGCGAAGGCGCUACCGCGCUGUUCCAGGCUAUCCAGGCCAACCGAGUGGACCUGAUGACAGUGCUGCUUGACAACGGUGCCAACCCCAACCUGCCUGCACCCAAGCACCCUCUCUGGCCUAGCACCUAUAAGCCAAAAGCUCUUCAGCUCAUGCUCUCUCGUGGUGCUGACUGGAAGAAAACGCCUGGAAUUAUGGAGCUGGCUUCAAGUCUGAAGAAGAUGGAGUCUAUCCAGAUUCUCAUCCAAGCAGGCGUCUCUCCCAAUGUUAGGAAAGACAACAUCUACACACCUCUUUGCUCAGCGAUUCGGGAUAAUAGCGCGGACAUCGUCACCUACCUUCUCGAACAUGGUGCCGAUCCGAACCUCAAUGCAGCCGAAUAUCCAGCCUUCAAAUGCAUAACACAUGACCGAGUACACUUCCUGCCUCAGCUCCUCGCUGCGGGCGUUGAUCUCCGCAGUCCGAAGGGUAUCAUCGAAACUGCUGUCGCACAUAACAAUAAGGAUGCCCUGAUGUGGCUACUUGACCAAGGCGUAUCUCCUAAUGAUCGCAGCCCCGAAGGAAACACGCCCCUUACCACAGCUAUCCGUGAGGAACGCCUCGAGAUGGUGGAUAUACUCCUCGCCAACGGUGCUGAUUCCGCCAUCCGCGGCGCAGACUGGCCUCUAUGCAUGGCUGUUAAGCAGCCCGCAAUCCUCAAGAAGCUCCUCGCUGCUACGCCUAAUCCCCGCGCCUUCCGUGGAGUCAUCGAGAUGGCUGUCGUCGCCAACCAGCUGGAAAGCAUCAAGAUGCUCCUCGCAGCGGGUCUCAGUGUAGAGGAUAAGAACUGCGGCGUGUUCUCACCACUCACAACGGCCAUCCGCGAACGCCACAAGCACAUCGUGCGUUAUCUGCUCGAUGAAGCCAACGCUGACCCGAACGCACCGGGAGAGCACCUACCUCUGGUCAAGGCCCUGCGCAGGCUGCUGCCUGGCGACACUGAGAUCCUGCAAAUGCUACUUACGCGUGGCGCCGACAUCAACAGAAUGCACCGCGGAUGGAACGCCAUCCUGCAGGCCGUUGAGAACGGCGAUGCCGAUAUCCUGCGGCUGCUCAUCGAGAAGGGCGGCUCCGUGGACCUCCAAGCAAUCGACGACGCCGGCCGUCCUGUCGUCGAUCUUGUCUCAGAGCGAGGCUGGGAGGAAGGGAUGGCGUUGCUGUUCCCUAAUGCGCAGACGAGGCAGAAGCAGUAG